GCCUGCAACCAAAAUCAUCACGAACUGACCUCGCCCGUAAACGACAACGCCGUUUUAUUGUAAGCCAUAAAAAUGCCUUUUAUUCUUGCUCCUUUUGUAACUAGCUCUGUCAAGUUUAUCAACUGAACGUCUUCACCGUCAACGAAAUGGAACCUAUAGAGUGACGUUGGUAGUUUUUUUACCGACUAAUCCGUUACUGACCCACCUUCGGUCCUUCAUCAUUCUUUGUCUCUCUCUCACCACGAAGGUGAAAAGAUUCUGCAGAUUUGUUCUAUAAAAGUAGUCUUUAUAAUAAGGAAUGGAAUUUCACGGUGUUAUCUUCAUGCUCACUGCUGUUAACCUUCCUUUUUCAUGCCAAUGGAUCCCUUGAUCCGCAAGCUGCGCCGCCGCCUUCUUGAAUGGCUUCGCCGAUCUCGCUCUGGGUGAAAUGGAGUCUGGAAGUUGCAGUAUUUAGUAAUUCUGAAAAUAUCUAUAUUAAUUUACUCCAAUGGUUUGGCCAAAAGUAAAAAAUGAAAAUUUACUCCGAUGGUUGAUUAAAACAGGGGGCUUUCUGGUUUUAUUAGAUAUUAGAGGUAUAGAAGUUCAGACUUUCUAGGCGUUAGCAUUGAACUUGUUUAAGCCCUGAAUUCAGAUCAGAUAUACUUUAUGAGGCGACUUUCGUACAAGGAUGUUAAAAGAGCAACGGAUGGUUUUCACAGAAUCAUCUAUAGCAAUUCUCAAGUUGCUGCAUACAUGGCCAAAUUUGAGGACGGUAGCGUUUCUUUGGUGAAAGAAAUAAAGGAUUUUGAUCAAGCAGAUGACAUUUUCUACAGCGAAGUGCAAUUCUUGGGCCGCUUGCAUCAUCGACACCUUUUGUCACUCAAAGGAUUUUCCAUGAGACAUAAGAGCAGGUUGCUUAUUUUUGACAGCAUAGAGAAUGGAAGCUUGAAGGAACAUCUAAAUGAUCCCCUGAAAACACCCUUAAACUGGAGGACAAGGUUGCAGAUAGCUCUUGAUGUUGUGGCUGCCCUGGAAUACUUGUUUCUCUUCAUUGAACAACCAUUAUGCCAUGUCUCCAUCAGCUCUGGCAAUAUCAUGUUAGACGAUAAUUUUACAGCUAAACUAUCUGAUUUCGGCCUUCUUACUUGUGUUGGAAAUCCCGUUAUGAUGCCGAAUUCAAGAGAUGACAGCGCGAGGCAGAAAAGUGGUAGCAUAAUAUUCCAAUUGGGAGUUUUCAUCCUGGAGCUUGUCACUGGCCAGUCAUCAGAGAUGGAAGGUUCCGAUCUAAUAGAAUGGAUCCAGGAAUCACGUUUCUACAGUACCAUUCAUAAGAUGGUAGACCCUGAUCUUGGCGACAACUACAAUUCUGGGGAGUUAAAAACCCUUCUAGCUGUUGCGAAGUUAUGUAUCAAAUCAAGGGACAAGCCUGUAUUUACAAUCCCCCAAUUAUUACGAUAUCUUCAACAGAAGGUGGAUAUCCCACGUGACUAAGGUUGGACUUCCCUCUGUUUGAAAACCUUAAUGGUUCUUGGGAGUUUGGGAGAAUAUUUCGAACUCCCCUCCCGGUUGUGAAUAACAAUAUAAAUUCGCCUUUUCUUGCC